AUGUGUCUCAUCAACAAGGAAAUUUAUGGGUUGAAGCAAGCUCCAAGAGCUUGGUUUGAACAACUUAGUUCAUGGCUACCUAGUAAUAGUGCUGUUAAGAUUUUCUUACUUGUCUAUGUCGAUGACAUAGUGAUAACUGCAUCCAACUCCUCUGUUAUUGAUACUUUGAUUGUUGUCAUGCGUACUGCCUUCCUUGUUCAGGAUCUGGGGACUUUGUCUUUCUUUUUGGGUCUUGAAAUGGAUCAUACAUCAGAUGGCUUGUUGAUGUCCCAAAGAAAAUAUAUCAAAACCUUACUCACUCGCAGCAACAUGCUUCAGUCUAAACCCAUGUCCUCACCAAUGGCCACAUCCCUUAAGCUUUCUAAAUUUGAUUCCCCUAAUUUUGAUGAUCAUGUUCUCUACAAAAGCCUAGUUAGAGGUCUUCAAUACCUCAAUCUCACCUGCCUAGAUAUUUCAUUUCCAAUUGGGGUGGUUGUCCGGAUGAUUGAUGAUCAACCGGUGGAUUUUGCAUUUAUCUCGGCAACCAUCUCAUAUAAUGGAGCUCUAAGAACCAGAAAACAAUAG